AUGGGUGAUGACAACUUUAGCAUAUUCAUCCACUAUCUCCCCACCCUAUUCACUUCCAUCAAAACCGCCAGCAACCUUGGAACGUCCCUACAAAAUCUUCUUGCUCCCGAGGCUCUGGGACUAGAACUGGAACAGAACUUCCAACACUUCAACGUAAUAUAUACAGAUGGUAGGAAGGACCCAGACGCUGGAUACGUGGGGGCGGGUUGUCACUGUCCGAAACUGGGCAUUGGUUCCUCAGUCCUCCUCGACACUCACUGUUCGGUGUACAGCGCGGAGUACAUUGCGCUGAAUCUUGCAUUGGAUGUAGCCAAGAGCACCAGGGAUACCACCCACCUCAUACUCUCUGACUCCCUUAGUGCCAUACAGAGCCUGGAAUCCAUUCACUUUCAUCCGCAUAUCAACCCAUACAUAUUGCUCGCGAAAAAGAAAUAUCGGGAAUUUCUGGACAACAACCCGUACAACACAAAAAUUGUCUUCCGCUGGAUUCCCACGCAUAGGGGGAUUCAGGGAAAUGAGGUGGCUGAUAAUCUGGCGAAAAAUGCCACGGAAUGCAGCCGGGAGCAGUACCCGGUUCCACCUACGGACUUUAAGGCCAAAUUCAAGGCCGAAGGGCAUGCGAGCACCAGGGAAGCCAUAAGAGCCCAAGCCGAGCGUGAACACAAACCCAAGGGUGCGCUCUUCUUCCAAUACUAUUGGAGGAAGAAUGUCCAUCCUUGGUAUCAUGAAGCCAAACUCCCUAGGGAUCUCAUUGUAUGGGUGAACAGGGCCAGAGCAGGACAUUAUCACCUGAACGAAUCUCUCAUGAAAAUUAAAGUUGUCUCGACUCGGGAAUGCGGCUGUGGGGCCGAGGUUCAGGAUAUUAACCACGUGCUGUGGGAAUGUCCUGAAUACUCCGGCCAAGACAGAGAGCUUAUGAUUGACAAACUAAUCAUCGGGAAAUAUCCUAGACGGUACACCAUAGCCGCAUUCCUGUUGGCAAAGGACCUGGUACCACUCAAGAUCAUACACGAAUUCGUUAAGAAAUGCAAAAUAAAGAUAUAA